AGUAACAAACUCUUCUAAAAACAGAAUAAACCCUUCUUUUUCUUUCUUCACUCUUUCUCUCUAUGCGCUUCGGCUGUCACUUGGAAUAAACCCUUUGUUUUUUCUUCAGAUGGAAAGCCCUAGCAAUUCUGAUGUAGGUGUUGGAGGAGAGAGUGUAUCGGUAACUCAAUAUUAUACUCCAUAUUGGAAGAAGAUGUUACUUAAAUCAGGUCUUCGACCUCUCAAUAUUGAUUUGUCUCUUAGCUCUGAUGAUGAUACUUGUAGCUCGGUGGUUUCUACAAACGUGGGCUGUGAAACACCUUUAUCGUCUUGGGAUUUCGAACCUGAAAUUGAUAUCAACUUAGAAGAGAACUAUGUUGAUGUAGAAGAACAAAACGAUAUGGACAAUAGAAGUUAUGAUGAUUUGAUCAAAAAAAUUAUUGGAACGGAGGAAGAGCUAAGGGUUACCAAUUCAAAGCUUCGACUUUCAGAAGAAGAGAAUAUAAAGUUGAAGGUCCAAGUUGGGAAUGGUGAGGGUCAACUAGAUAAUGUGAGCGAAGAAUUGAAUCUAAAAAAGAAAGAGUUGAGGAAACAAAAAGAGCUUUUAGAAGAAUUUAAUUUGAAAGACGAGGAGUUGCAAAAACAAACUGCUAAAUUGAGUACUCAUAUUCCAGAGUAUAUUCCAGAGUAUGUCUCCAACAUUACAAAUUUGGUAAAACAACUUGAGGUAGCCAGCAAAAAGCUCAAGAUAUCAAAAGUGGAAAUUGAAUCUUUAAGAAAUGAACUGCGGAGUAAGUCACAUGAAACUCAUCAAUUGCAAGGUCAGCUUAAAGUGGCACUGGAAAAUAUGGCUAAAUCAGAAUUGGAGCUGGUUUCAGAGAGAAAGAAGAGUCAAAUGCUAGGAGAUUUGGUUACAGUGUAUGAGGAUAAUGAAACUAAACAUAAGCAAGAUGUGCAAAAAUUGAACUCGGAAAUGCUUGAUUUGCAAGCUAAGUUCUCUUUGGAGAAAGAUGAACUGAAUUUUGAUAUUGCAAGUUUGUCAAAAAUGAAAAUACAAUUGACCUCUAAACUAGAGUAUUGUGAGUCUAUAAACAAGGAAUUAGAAAACAAAUUACGUAAAUAUGAAGCUGAAAACUUGAAACAAGAGAUGCAUGCUACUCAACAAAUGGUUCUGCAAGAUGAAAUCAGUUCUUUGAGGGAACUUGGUCAAAGAAUACAUGAUAUAGAAGAUACGAACAGGGAAUUGGACAUGGUAAUGAUUGAAAGAGAUGAAGCCGAUGUCAAGAUUGAUAAGCUUAAGAUUGAGAUAUGCUCUUGCGACGAUCAAAUUACAAAUACAAAGACAUACAUUCGUGAGCUUAAAGCAUCAUUGAAAGAGCAGGUGAUCAAGAGAACAAAAAAUAUUAUGUUUUUCAUCUCAAAACUUGAUGUCAUCAAGAGUUCAAAUUCUGAUACCUACAUUAUGUUUGAGGAAGCAAAAAAAGAGGACUUGAUGAACUCUCAUCAGUUGCAAACGCAAGCUGCUCAAGAACAAGGUGCUGGAGCUGAUGGAGCACAGCCUGAAGAGGAAGAAGAGGUUGAUGAAACUGGCAUGCAGGCCCAAAAUAUUGAGAUGGUAAUGAUACAGGCAGGAGUGUCAAGAAGCAAGGCUGUCAAGGCUCUCAAGACUUACAAUGGGGACAUUGUUGAUGCCAUGCUGGAACUAAUUAAUUUUGAUUUAUGAUUUUUUUUUAUUUUUUUUUAUCAUUUUGGAACUAGUGUCAUCCUUGAUGUUGUGUAGCCAAAUCAUAUGAUUUGGAUUACCUUAUAUUUUUUUGGUUACAACAAUAUGAUCAAUGUUCAUAUUCUUAUACUGUUUUUACUUUA